AUGAUGGUGAUGACUCUUCAAACCAUUUGCAAACGCAGUGCCAGGUCUUUGUUUAUCCAAGCUAGAGCCCGAGUCCAGUUCAGACCCUUAACGAUGACCGUCUCUUCGUCUACGUCGUCGACGACAUCGAAAUCAACCCCCGUGCCACCUGACGUAGCAACGAAGCCUACUCCAACAGCAGCAACUUCCAUUACUCCAGAAACUGAUGGCGGCGAAGAUCCAGAAACGACGACUCAGCAACCGAUUAUAUUUGCUCCCGAGACGUAUCAAUACACCAAAGGGCACUUAGACAUCGAUGAUGUCGCUCGUGACCCAUUGGAACAGUUUAAUCGCUGGUUUAAAGAUGCUCAAGAGCAAUUACCCAAGGGUUCAGACAUCAUCGUUGAAGCGACAACUUUCUCGACGGCGAGAUUGCCCAGCGGUCGAGUUUCCAGCAGGAUUGUCUUGUUGAAGGAGUUGGACAAGUACGGUUUUUUAGUUUACUCCAACUGGGGCACUUCGAAAAAAUCGCAAGAUCUCAACACUAACAAAUAUGCGAGCUUGACUUUUUUCUGGCCCCAUAUCCAACGCCAAGUUCGAGUUGAAGGGGUAAUGGAGCACGUUACUCGAGAAACUAGCGAGCGCUACUAUAACACUAGACCCCGCGGCUCCAAGAUUGGCGCAUGGGCCAGUCCGCAGAGCUCAACCAUUGCCGCGAGGAGCGAUUUGGACAAGUUGAACAACGAUUUCGAUGAGAAAUUCAGAGAUUUGAAAGAUGACGAGAUCCCGUGUCCUGAGUACUGGGGCGGAAUUAGGAUCGAGCCGUUGGAAAUUGAGUUUUGGCAAGGUGGAUUGAGUAGACUACAUGAUAGGAUCAGUUUCAGAAGAGACAAGAUCCACGACAAGAAUUGGGAAAUUUUUAGACUAGCUCCAUAG